AUGGCUGCUCAAAGUACCCUUCCAUCAGCUUCUAAAACUCAUUGGGAUCAUGACGUAUUCCUGAGUUUCAGAGGUGAAGAAACUCGCAAGAACUUCACUGAUCACCUCUACUCUGCCUUGAUGCAAGCCGGGAUUCUCACCUUCCGGGAUGACGAUGGGCUUGGAAGAGGGGAGAACAUCUCUUCUGGAUUACUCAACGCAAUUCGUGGAUCGAGGAUUUCAAUCGUUGUUUUCUCUAAAGACUAUGCUUCUUCUAGGUGGUGCCUUGACGAGCUUGUGGAGAUCGUGAAAUGUAAGAACACCACAGGCCACACUCUUGUUCCGAUAUUUUAUAAUGUAGAUCCUUCGGAUGUUCGAAAACAGACUGGAACUUUUGCCGAGGCAUUCAUCAGGCAUGAAGAACGAUUUCGGAUGGAUAUGGAAAGGGUGCAGAGGUGGAGAGCAGCUCUUACUGAAGCUGCAAACUGUUCUGGUUGGGAUCUCUUGAGUGUUGCAAAUGGGUAUGAAUCAAACUUCAUUGAAAAGAUUGUCGAAGAUGUUUCCAAUAAAGUAAAGUCCGUUGACUUAUUUGUUGCUAAACACCCAGUAGGAGUAAACUCUCGUGUUCAAGAGAUGAAAGCUUUGAUAAAUCUGGGAACAAAUGAUGUUCGUGUUGUGGGCAUCUAUGGAAUGGGUGGUGUAGGGAAAACAACUAUAGCAAAAGCUGUCUAUAACGAAAUAUAUGAUAGAUUUAAAGCUAGCAGUUAUCUCUCAGACAUUAAAGAAAAAUCAAAAAGUUGUGAUGGUAUAGUUCGCUUGCAGGAACAGCUUCUUUCUAAUAUCUUGAAAAUGAAGAAUUUGAAGAUUGACAGUGUUGAUGGAGGAAUCAGAUUGAUCCAGGAAAAAAUUCACGGUAAAAGAAUUCUUGUUGUUCUUGAUGAUGUAGAUGACUUGGACCAAGUACACAAAUUAGUUGGAAACUUCAAGGGGUUUGGUCUGGGAAGUAGAUUGAUUUUAACCACAAGAGAUGAACAUUUGCUAACUCAACUAAAAGUAUCUGAAAAAUAUAAGGUGGGAAAUUUGAAUCCAUCAGAAUCUCUUCAACUUUUUAGUUGGUAUGCCUUUGAGAUGACCGAUCCAAGAGGAAGUUAUUCAGAACUUUCAGAUAGAGCAGUGAAAUAUGCUGGGGGACUCCCAUUAGCUCUUGAGGUUUUGGGAUCUUUUCUAAAGAGAAGAAGCGUUAGUGAAUGGACAAGUGAAUUGGAGAAAUUACAACGAGUUCCGCACAACAAGAUUCAAAAGAUACUUAGAAUAAGCUUUGAUUCACUAGAUGUUAAAACGAUGGAUAUAUUCCUUGAUAUUGCAUGUUUCUUUAUCGGUAUGGAUAAAGAAUAUGUCAACAAAAUUCUCCAUGGGUGUGAUCUCUUUCCAGAUAUUGGUAUUAGCAUUCUCAUUCAGAGGUCUCUUGUGACAAUUGACCGCAAACAUAAGUUGAGAAUGCAUGAUCUUAUUCGAGAUAUGGGAAGGGAGAUUGUUCGAGAAAGAUCACAAGGUUAUGUAGAGAAAAGUUGUAGAUUGUGGUUUCACGAUGAUGUGUUAAAAGUGCUAACUCAACAUAAGGGAUCGGAUGCAGUGAAGGGUCUUGUCCUAAAUCCUCCUGUACUCAAAGAUUUACAUUUGAAAACAGAGGCAUUUGCCAACAUGAAGAAUUUGAUGUUGCUCCAGAUCAAUAAUGUAAUUUUAAAUCUUGAAGGAUGUUUCGAGAAUAUUUCCAAAGAACUAAGAUGGCUUCAGUGGAAUAAGUGUCCUCUGAAAUAUCUACCUUCAAAGAUUCAUCUAGGGAACCUUGUUGUGCUUGACAUGCAACAUAGUAGCAUUAAACAAGUCUGGAAGGAGAAUGGAAUACUUCAGAAGUUGAAAAUCCUUAAUCUCAGCUAUUCCAAAAAUCUUACCAAAUCACCAUGCUUCAUACAAGUCCCACAUCUGGAGAUGUUGAUAUUUGAAGGCUGCACAAGCUUGGUUGAGGUUCAUGAGUCCAUUGGACAUUUGGAAAGACUUGUUUUGCUGAAUUUAGAAGGAUGCAAGAAUCUAAAGAAUCUUCCGAGAAGCAUUCCUAACUUGGUAUCUCUUGAAACCCUUAACUUAACUGGUUGCUUAAAACUUGACAAGUUACCUGAGCAACUGGGGAAUAUGAUUGCAUUAAGAGAGCUGCUUGCAGAUAGAACUGCUAUUAAGCAAUUACCGUCCUCUGUUGGUCUUUUGAAGAAUCUAAAGAUUGUAUCAUUAUCUGCCUGUGAAGGAGAACCCUCAAAUUCUUGGUUCUCGUGUUUUUCAUUGUGGAUGUCACCGAAAAGCUCGAUCUGUUCAAGUUUGUUGCCAGCUUCUAUUUCUGCAUUAUGCUUUCUUCAAAGACUAGUUCUUAGGCAGUGCAAUUUGUCUGAAGAUGGAUUUCCCGUUAACCUUGGGAGUUUAUUUUUUCUCCGAGAUUUGGAUUUAUCAAGAAAUGAUUUUCGUUACCUACCUUAUUGCAUCAGUCAGCUUCCAAAAGUACUAUAUCUGUAUUUGAAUGAAUGCUCGACUCUUCAAUCAAUUUCAGGACUCCCCGCAAAUGUAAGGGUGGUAUAUGCAAAUGACUGCACAUCAGUAGAAAGACUCUCCCUUUUGUCAAACGUGGAAAGUAGAUGCUUUUUUUUCCUUAAAAACUGCCACAAACUGGUCGAGAUUGAAGGCUUGGAGAGUUUGGAAACUUCAUCAGUCAUUCACAUGGAAGGAUGCAACAAUUUGGCCUAUGAUUUUAGGAACAGUCUUCUCCAGACUUGCAGGAAAAUAUUUGACGAUGAACAAGUUGGUGAGGUGCCAUACAGUCAAGUUGGUGAGGUCCCAUAUAGUCAAGCUGGUGGGGUUCCAUACAGUCAAGUUGGUGCUAACAUUGAAGAUGUUGCUGUUGGAACCCAAUGUAGUACUGUCACACAACAAAUACCAUUGGACAAUGAUGAAAUGUGAGGUUGUGAUUGAAAAUCAUUAUCCUAUUUUUGUUGGGUUUCUUGAAGUAUGUUGUGAAAAUCUGGAGGCUUUCUUUUGUAGGUUGUGGUUGUAAAAAAUGUACAGAUUUUGUGAAAAUCUGGAGGCUUUCUUUUGUAAGUUGUUGUAAAAAAUGUGAAUUUGUUUUUACACCGUGUGAAUGGC